GUCAUUGAUAAACACGUGUGGACCAAAACAAAUCAAGAAUUUAUUUUAGUUUGCGGUAAUUUAGAGGUUUAAAAUGGGAAGAAUAGCAAAGAAAGCUCUUAAAAAAGGCGGAAAGAAGCGCAAAAAUGCUGAAAUCACAGAAAAGGAGAAGCCAGAGGUUUUGCCGCCAGCGAAAAUUGUGAGACAAGAUUCGGAUGCCGAUGUCUACGCCAAAAAGUCAAAAUGGAAGAACAAGCGUCGCGUUUUGGUUUUGUGUGCUCGUGGCAUCAGUCACCGCGAUCGCCAUUUAUUGCGGGACUUGAAAACUCUCAUGCCGCAUCACAAAGCCGAGCCAAAAAUGGAACGAUGGAAGACAUUUUCCGUGAUAAAUGAAAUGGGCGAGAUGAAACACUGCGACAAAGCGUUGCUCUUCGAAGGACGUCACAAACGCGACUUGUACAUGUGGCUUUCGAGCAUGCCCGAAGGUCCGUCGGUUAAAUUCCUCAUCGAGAGUCUCAGUACGAUGGGCGAACUGCGUCUCGUGGGAAAUUGCUUGAAAGGAAGUCGCCCGUUGCUUUCGUUUAACGACGAUUUUAACAAGGAGCCAUUUUUAAAAGUUAUUAAAGAGCUUUUGACACAAGUUUUUGGCGUUCCGAACCAUCAUCCGAAAAGUCAGCCGUUCGUCGAUCGCGUUUACACCUUUGUUUACUUGGACAAACGCAUUUGGUUCCGACAUUACCAGAUUUUGUCGGAAGACGGGGCUUUGAGUGAGAUUGGACCGCGUUUCGUGAUGAAUCCCGUGAAAAUUUUCGAAGAUUCCUUCAGCGGCGAGACAUUGUGGGAGAAUCCCGACUACAUUAGUCCGGCACGGUAUCGGCAACAACUGCGAAAAACCGCAAAAUAUCGUUAUAUGAACAGAACGGAGCAAAAAGUGGCACAUGAAGUGACCAAACCGAAGGUGAGUUACAGCUUGGAUCCGUUCAACGAGAUCUUCCAAGGCGACAAAUUGGCAAAUAAGGCGAAGGAAUUACUCAAAAAGGAAAUUAAAGAGGAAGGAGGUGCUUCGAGUAGUGGUCCGAAGCCCAAAAAACGAAAGUCCAUGGCGGCAAAUAACGGAUUUGUCGAAGAAGAUGCCUAAAAAUUAAAUUUAAAUAAAGAAAAUUAUCGUUUAACAUUAAAAAGACACAGAUUUAUUCUUUAAUAAAAAAUGUAAAAUGCCAUUUUGUGCAUGAAUAAUACUUUUGCAGUACAAGCAAC